CGCGGACUGGGGGAGCUCGCCGACGGUGGCGUAAUCUCCCAGCCUCUCUGCGUCUCCUUUCCUCCGCCUCGGUUUGGGGCGGGGCAGGAGAAUGGCUUCGGAGAUGGAGUCGUCGUUCGAGGCGAGCUACUCGUCCAGCGGUGCGAUGUCAGGGGCCUCAGGGUUUCUGCCUCCGGCUCGCUCCCGCAUCUUCAAGAUCAUCGUGAUUGGCGACUCCAAUGUGGGCAAGACGUGCCUGACCUACCGCUUCUGCGCCGGCCGCUUCCCCGACCGCACCGAGGCUACUAUCGGGGUGGAUUUCCGAGAACGAGCGGUGGAGAUUGAUGGGGAGCGUAUCAAGAUCCAGUUAUGGGACACAGCAGGACAAGAACGAUUCAGAAAGAGCAUGGUCCAGCACUACUACAGAAACGUACAUGCUGUUGUCUUCGUGUAUGAUAUGACCAACAUGGCAAGUUUUCACAGCCUGCCAUCUUGGAUCGAAGAAUGCAAACAGCAUUUGCUAGCCAGUGAUAUACCACGGAUUCUUGUUGGAAAUAAAUGUGACUUGAGGAGUGCCAUUCAGGUACCCACAGACUUGGCACAGAAAUUUGCUGACACGCACAGUAUGCCUUUGUUUGAAACCUCUGCCAAAAACCCCAAUGAUAAUGACCAUGUGGAAGCUAUCUUUAUGACCUUGGCUCAUAAGCUGAAGAGCCAUAAACCGUUAAUGCUUAGUCAACCCCCUGAUAACGGAAUUACCCUGAAGCCUGAACCAAAGCCCGCAGUGACCUGCUGGUGCUAAGUCACAGCCUUUAGUGUACGAUCUGAUUUUGACUAAAGAGAUACUUUUGAAGUAUGACCGUGAUGAGUCACAGAAUUUAAUCUCAAAUAUAGUGGAUCAUCCUGACACUUUACUGUUUAUCAUUGUCGUGCUGAUUUUUGUAUUUUGUAUCUACUUCAUCGAGUUUGUCACUGCGACAACACAAGGAGAAAGUCAGUUUUCAGAGGUUGAAGUGAAGCCGAGUUAGGAUGAAUCAGACCGUCCUUCCAUUGAGAGCCUCAUGAGGAGGCUUCAGAUGAGACUAUGAUGAGACUUUAAGCGUCAGUGGUUGUUUAAUCCUGUGUUCCCGGAUUGAAAAAAUAUAUUAAGGGUUUAGUAUACUUACUCGUACUGUGCUUUGAAUGGGAAGUGUUCUCAAUAGGAUAAAAACUGGGAUUUGCCUCGCCCUAGAGUUCUUUCUUUGUAUUAUUAAUGUACUUAAAUGCAUUAUUAUUGGUACAUUUUAGAGCCAAGACUUUAGUUCCAGUGGAAGGAGAGAGCCUAGAAUGUUUUCUGGUUCUCAGUCCAUAAAGAAUGACCUUUCCAACAGUUCUAGAUGCUUGAUAUUUCAAAUCACUGUCAAUCAGGUGUACAAAAAAAUCACUGUUAUUUUUAAAAGAGUAAUUUGAAUUGUUUUCUUACUAAAUUCUACACAAUAUGCAAAAGUAAAUCAGAUAGUAAGGUGCUUUAUACUUUAUUUUGAUACCUUUAAACAUUGAAAAACUAAUUGAAAGACUUGAGGAGAUGUAAUUUGGGGCAACAUAGCUAUACAUGGUUCGUGGCUACCACAAAAGACCUAUUCCUGGCUUUUUGUCAAGCUGUGUGUCAGACACAGUAUCUCUUGCGCUCCCCCAGCCCCCACUCAAUUUCAUGCCUAAAGGCUGAAUAAGCAAAUCAUCUUCCAUUUGGAUUGUAACUCUGAGGGCAUACCUGUAAUUGCUGUGAGUCUACAUUUUAUUUCUGUAAUAGUACAUUACAGUACUUCUGUUGCUUAAAUCUUUAAAUUUUUAUGGUCGCGACAAACUACCCCUCCUCAGUAUAAAAAAUAAAUUAGAUAUUGAAAAAUAUCUAGUCUAUCCCUUGGUGGUAGAAAGAAUAUUUCAAAAAGUUUUUUUACCCCAACUACUUUUAUUUUGAAUUUAAGACUUUGCACAUAGGAAAUAGUAAGCUUGCAUGUGAAGCUAUUACAUGAAUGGAAUGUAAGCCAUGAACUUUAUCUGAAGUGUGCACAUUUACUAAUUCUGAAAGAUUGCUGAACUUAAUAAUUUUAGAGGAAAUUAAGCCAAAAGAUGAUUAUACUUAAAAUAUUUUCAGAAUGUGGGAAACCAAUUAAAUAUGUGAUGUAAUCUAGUUUAGAAUUUUUUGUUUAAUCAUGAUGGUGGUCCUGACUGGUUAAUUUACUUAUGAAAACAAGAUAAUUCUAUUAAAUGAACUAAUGGAAAGUAAUAAUUACAGGAAAUAAUUAUUCUGUUUUAAACAUUAGAGCUUAAGGAAAAACAAAUUGGCUUUGUUUGCUUUUAAGAAGAUUAAUCCAUUUUUCUUAUCAUGGUAGAAUUAAAAAUGGCUUGACUUUGUCUAAAUUAGUGUUGAUUUGCAACUUUUUUUUUUUUUCUUCGCGGUAAGCGGGCCUGUCACCGCUGUGGCCUCUCCCGUUGCGGAGCACAGGCUCCGGAAGCGCAGGCUCAGCGGCCACGGCUCACGGGCCCAGCCGCUCCGCGGCACGUGGGAUCCUCCCGGACCGGGGCACGAACCCGCGUCCCCUGAACCGGCAGACGGACUCUCAACCGCUGCGCCACCAGGAAAACCCUGCAACUAUUUUUAUAGUAAAACAGUGACAGCUGUUAUAAUUGUCAUGGGUGUAACAGCUUUUUAAAGAAGGGAAUCUGUUUAUUGCUUGUCAAAACAUUUUCUAAAGUGGGGGAAGAAAGUUUACAGACUUUCCAAGCACAUUUUUUUUUUCCAAUGCUGUUAUUACUCAUGUUUUUAAAAAGGUAAUUUAACUUUAUUUCUUUUUGUAAGAAGUUAGUAGUAAGUAUCCUUUAAAGUUCUGUAAAAGGACUUAUUUUUUCACUUUAAUAUUUAUUAAUUUUAAAAUAUUUGUAGUGAUUUAUUGUUUUAAUUUUUUCUACAUAUGUUUUUACUUUUAAAAAGAACAUACUUAUCAGUUGAAAGGGGUAAAGCUUUUAGAUAUUUUCCAAAAUAUUUAUAAAACACAGACUAUUGAGAAAUCACUUACAAAAUGGUGGCUAUCAAACAACUAAUUAUUAAUUUUUAAAGCACAAAUCACACAUUUUGUAACUCCUGUAUGAAUUUAUUUUAACUGUGACCUUUAGUUGAAAACCUCAGAUAUGUUUUGGAAAAGUCAUAAUUUGAGAACACCAAAGGAAACUAAUCCAGAUUCUAAUGAAGUUAGCUAUUAAUGGCAAUGCUUUAUUGACAGUAUAUUGCUAAUACAUUUCCUCAUGAAAUCUAAAUGAGAGUUAAAUAAUUUUGUUAUGGAAUAGCGUCAGUGUAACUUUGCUCUCAUGAAGUUCAAUAAACCAGCUUUGGCAUAAAGAAAUUGUGGUUUAUUUUCUUUGUUUGGUUACUAGGUUGAGUAUAAAAUAAAACAAACAAUAAAAAUCUCUUGUUU